CUCUGCACCUCACCAGGCGUUUAGGGUGGAGACAUGAUGAUCCUCACAAGUGCGCUCUUCUUUUUGACGUCUGGAGCAAUAACAGCAGUGGCAGCAGGUAACGCAUCUUGCAAGAGCUUACCAGGUGAUCCGGAUUGGCCAUCAGACGGGGACUGGAGCAGUUUGAAUCAGACGGUUGGCGGCCGGCUUAUUGCGACGGUCCCGGUAGCAAGCGUUUGUCACUCUGGAGGACCAUUCGAUGGAAGGUACAAUGCAACCGAAUGCGCCUAUCUCAAGGCGCUCUGGAACUACUCUCAAGCUCACUACCCUUUCCCAGGAGAAGUUAGUUUUCCCUUCGCCCAGAACCAGUCCUGCGACCCUUAUACGCCAAAAACAAAACCCUGUGACCUUGGCCAUUAUGCGAGCUAUUCAAUCAAUGUCACAGGAGCCGCCGACAUUGCUGCAGGUAUCGAUUUUGCCAGAAGGAACAAUGUCCGACUUGUCAUCAAGAACACUGGUCACGAUUAUCUUGGAAAAUCAACCGGAAAAGGGGGCCUCGCACUUUGGACCCACAACCUGAAAACGAGAGAGUUUAUCGAAGCAUACAGUAGCGAUUACUACAAAGGACCAGCCCUCAAGCUCGGUGCAGGAGUGCAGGGAUUCGAGGCAUAUGAGACCGCCAAUAAACAUGGACGUACUGUGGUCGGCGGUACUUGCGCCACUGUUGGGAUAGUGGGCGGCUACUCUCAAGGAGGUGGCCACUCCACCCUCAGCGGUCUGUACGGCUUAAGCGCAGACAAUGUUCUAGAAUGGGAGGUGGUAACAGCGGAUGGAAAGCAUCUUGUCGCGACGCCGACAAGCAACCAAGACCUUUAUUGGGCCCUGGCUGGCGGCGGGGGCGGCACAUUUGCGGUUGUCUUGAGCAUGACAACAAGGCUCCAUCCAGACAGCCCCAUAGGCGGCGCAUAUCUACGCUUCGACGACGAGCAAAUCGGCAGCGAGGCGUAUUGGGAUGCCGUCGGGGUCUUCCACGCUGGGCUCUCGCCCAUCCUACGCACCGGGACCACGAUCCUUUACUCAAUCUACAAUAGCACCUUCAGCAUGUUCGACUUCACAGCACCGAACAAGACAACAAAUGAGGUGAUUUUGCUCCUACAGCCGAUCCUCUCUGAGCUCGACAAGCGUGGCGUCCCCUUCAUCUUCGAGGCACACUCAUCACCGACUUUUCUCGAGCACUUUGCGCAGGAUUUCGGUCCCCUGCCCUACGGCCCCUUUACGUCCGGCCAGGUGACCAGCAGCCGGCUAGUCCCGCGUUCAGUAGUACAGGACCCCGAGCAGAACAGCAUGUUGACAAGCGCGCUGCGCAACACCACGGCCAACGGCGACUUCUUCCUGGCGUGCCAGGCGCUCGACCUCAGCGCCAACGUUUCCGUGGCCGCCAAUGCCGUGCUGCCCGCGUGGCGGGAGGCCGCGUCGCACUGCAUCGUCGUCGGACCGUGGGACUACACCGCCGAUCUGAGCGUCGCGGGGUCCGAAAACAGGAUGGCGGCGAAGGAGGCGGCGCUCACGGAUGUUGUAACGCCGCAGCUUGAAGCUGUGACGCCCGGUUCCGGGACGUACCUCAACGAGGCGAACUUUAGGCAAAAUAACUUCCAGCAGAACUUCUACGGGGCAAACUAUCCGCGGCUGCUGGAGGUGAAGCGGAAGUAUGACCCUGAGAAUGUGUUUUAUGCGGUCACUGCGGUGGGAAGCGAGGAUUUCGUUGUGGACGAUUGUACUGGGAGGCUUUGUCGAACUUCGACAUAG